AUGGAUCUUUCAAUCAUUCCAUCGUCGAUUUUAUCAUCUAAUUUACGUACACAAAUUAUUCAAACAGCUAUAAAUGAACGUUUUAAAAGUCAAUGUACCAUUGAGCAAAUUCGUACAUUAAUAAAUCUAAUUGGUAUGAAUAUUUCUUUUAUUCGUAAUACCUUUUUAAUGGAUGGCUCAGCUCAUAAUAAUUUUACAGUAAAUAUAAAUCGUAUUACUAUUGAUAUUGCACAUGACCUAUUACUUUUGCCAUUCACCAAUACGUGUAUCUAUUGCCAACAAACAUUAACAAUUCAUGAUACUAAAAUGAUUCAUGUUGUUAUUCAAGAUUUAGAACCUAUUCAUUUGACAAAAGUUUUCCAGUCAUACUGGUUUCUAUAUAAUAUUAUUUGGUUUGAGUUUAUGCUUGGUAAAGGUGAAAUGGUUAUUAUGCCUGAUUCAUUAAAUCGUUCAGAACUUGAACAGCAUUUUGAAAAUUCAUCUGGAUGGUGGUAUCAUCUUUUUUCCAUCUUUUGGUCUCGACACAAAUUACUUCCAAACAUGAAAUGUGAUACUGUCAAUUGUAGUAGAUGUGUUAUUGUCGACGGCCACCAAAAGUCAAAACGAAUAGUUUGUGAAUAUAAAAACGUUGUGGAUACAACAAUUAAUGAGAUGACAUCAAUUGAAAUAGGAUGUCCUUAUACACCAUGCAGAAAAACAAAAACUAAUAAUUCCAUUUUGACAAAUUUUUGCCGUUACCACCAGCCGUCUAAAAAUUUAUUUCAUUCUUCUGAUAUGCAAAAAGCAUGCCAAAUAGCUGUUGAGUUUGCACAACUUGAUCAACAGGCCUUGGCAAAUCAUAAAGAAGAAUGUUCAAAUUAUCGUGAUGAUAGUGAACAAAUUCGAAAGUCCAGAACAUUUGGUUUUUUAGCUUCUUACCAUCCAUGUGGUGUGUUAAUUGGCUUCACGGAAGCCAUUAAAGCUGAAGGUAUGAGAUCUAUUACUAGACACUUAUUACGUUCAAUCAUACAUGGCUGUCAAAUGCCAGAUGCACUUUUAUAUGAUUGUGCCUGUGCGCUUAAGCUACAUUGGCAAAAGUGGCUCGGUACUGAUAUGUUAAAAUUAACCGACAUAACUAAACAAUUGCCAACGUAUAUUGCACUUGAUAAUUUUCAUCAACGUACACAUACAAGAUCAAUAUGUCAAACUAUCAUGAGAUCGGAUCAUCCGUCUCAUGGUGAACGUUUUUUGGGUGUGAAUACUCAAGCAGCUGAAAUUGGUUUUCAAUUUAUUGCGAAAGCAAAAUAUUCCUUACGAAAUUUUUCAUUUCCAUUUUCGACUGUAAUGUUAAUGCUAAUGCUCCAUUUGAAAAAUUGUAGAAUCGUUGGAGUUAAUGAAUAUCAAAUUGGUUUAUCAUCAUUGUACUUUUCAAACGAAAUUAAAGAGUAUUUUUCAACACCAAAAGUAUGUGAAACAUUUGGAGCAUUUGAUAAAGAUGAUGAAAAUGCUGAAGAAGAAUCUGAUGUAAUAGAAGAUUUUAAUGAGUUAACUACAGAAGAAGAAUUGUAA